AUGGGACAUGAGGAGCAUGGAGGGACUUGGCACAUGGACGCAGCUCAACUGGAUACGCAAAGGAAGAAGGGAGAAGCCAUCUUGAAGACCAGCUCGACCCCUACUCGACCAACCGGUCGAGUUCCUCAACUCGACCGGCCAAGCUUCAACUCGAUCGAGCUGAGAAGUCAACAGUCAAACCCGAAAAAUGCAGCGAACUCGAAUGUUCCAACCCGCGUGAAACCAUCGGUGAUCAACCUCGUCACUCCAGUGACAGCCGAGAACUCGAUUCUACCGAAUCAGAUCUCGCACGCAAUUGAGAGACCUCAUUUGCGAGUUCGGGUAAAAUCUAAAAGAUUUCCCGAUUACCUCGACACCGAUCAGUCGGAAAUCUCCGACGCAAACUGUGUCAACAUCGUUUGCUUGGCUCGACCGAAUCCGGACGACCAAGCCCGAAUCAAGCGAAUGCUCACCGACCUGAUUAACAGUCAAUACGACCAAAAAAUCAGGUUGGAAAAAUAUGAACGAAGUCUUGCUGAGCUACGGACGAUUAUAAGUCCUCCUCCGGGAACUAAGCUCGACUCUUCACCAAUCUACGAACCUAACAGCUCGUGA